AUGGGGCUCCUGUGCGAGGCGUUCCGAAAUGGCAUGAAGCUGUUUCCUCUGAUGAGGUGGAUGCAAGAGAAGCCGCCUCGAACCACGGACGCGGAGGCGCUGCUGGAGUGGUGCCUGGCGGGCGCCGUAGCCGGAGACAGGGGCGAGGCAGGGCGGCAACGCGGCGACGUGGCCUACGUCACCGGGCCCGUGCCGUGGCUGAAGCAGCUCCGCGUGAUCAGCGAUUCCGCGGACAGCCCCGAUGCGAAGGCAUGGCCGGGGCCACGUGGGACACGGAAGAAGUACUACGUGACAGCGGACCCGGCGGCUGGGAUCCGAGAGCUGGCCGCGGCGGCGCGUGAGAAGUGGCCUGAGGGCCCCCCUGUCGCGUUGAAUUCUGCAGAGGAGAUCUUGUCCUUCCAGGUGGCCUUGAUAGACGUAUCCAAGUGCGGCGUGUGCAGCCGCGGCGUUCAAGUGCCUGCCGUGGAUGCGGAGCACGUGGAGGCCGCCAGGCAGAGCCUCGAGACCAGGGCCCACCAGAUAUUGCGCCUGGUCGUGGACGCGCUCCUGCUGGAGGCGGGGCCGAAUCCAGACAAGGCGUUCCGUCAGAAAGUGCGGGCGCUCAGGAUGCUCAUGACUCAUUUUGGGAAGGGCAAGGGCGUCAAGUGGUUCGGCGAGCGCUGGAGCGCGCAUGUCGUGACGGGGAUGGCGUUCCGCGCGCUGGAGCGCCUCCGCAUGGAGCCCGCGUUGGAGGGCGCGGCCGACGCGGUGCGACAAUCCCUGGUGGCCUUCGGCGCGAUGUGA